AUUCGAGAUGCCGUUCAACAUCUGGUGCGACGGCUGCCACAACCACAUCGGCAUGGGUGUGAGGUACAACGCUGAGAAGAAGAAGGUGGGGAAUUAUUACACCACGCCCGUGUACAGGUUCAGGAUGAAGUGCCACCUGUGCGUGAAUCACAUCGAGCUGCAGACGGACCCCGGGAACUGCGACUACGUCAUCGUCAGCGGCGCCCGGCGCAAGGAGGAGCGCUGGGAGCCCGGGGACAGCGAGCAGGUGCUGCCCUCCUCCCCGGAGCAGCGGCAGCGCCUGGCCACGGACGCCAUGUUCCGCCUGGAGCACGGCGUGUCGGACCGCGGCGCCCUGGAGCGCGCGGCGCCCACGCUGACGCGGCUGCAGGAGGCGCAGAGCGCCUGGAAGGACGACUUCGGCCUCAACAGCCGCCUCAGGAGGAGGUUCCGGGAGGAGAAGAAGACGCUGAGGGAGGAGGAGGAGGAGGCGGCGGCGCUGGCGAGGAAGGCCGGGCUCGGCAUCGCGCUGCUCCGCGAGGAGGAGGAGGAUCGGCGGCUGGCGGCGCUGCUCAGCCUGCGCGCCCCCGACUCCUACGAGCAGCGGCAGCGCCUGAAGCGCUCCGAGAUCUCCCAGCGCUCCUGGUUCGGAGCCGGCACCUCCCGGACCCCUCCCCAAAAAUUGGGGCUGGGGGCGUCACGGACCCCCCCGGGACCGCCCCCGACCCCCGCCGGGCUCGGCAUCGUCCGGAGGGGGGCGGGGACACCGCGGGACCCCCCCCAGGAUGGGGGAACCCCCCCUCAAACUGGGGAACCCCCCCGGGACCCUCCCCAAAUUGCGGGACCCCCCCAGGACCCCCCCCAAAUUGCGGGACCCCCCGCCCCAUCUUUGGUCGCCGAUUAUUCCGACUCCGGUUCCGACAGCCCCUGAGGGGGAUUUGGGGGGGGGGGAGGGGUCUCCGAGUCCCCCCCCCUUCCCGAGACCCCCUCCCCAGUUUAUCGCUAUU